AUCGAGAAACAUCGAACUGAAGUGUCACCACUAUUUCGUAUCCAUCUUGACAAAUUUUCGCAAAAGAAACGAAAGUUAACAAAUAACAGCGUUGCGGAUAACAAAUCGCCAAUAGAAUACCUGGAAAACAACAAGAAUGGGCAGCAACGAUAGAGCAUCAAGAUCUCCGCGUUCGGAUGAUCAGCGCGAAAUCAGCGACAUGCCGGCCACCAAAAGAUCGCGCUCCGACUCGGUAAUUGCAGACUUCAUAAACGCACGAUGAACUCUAACUCAGACUGUGAGGUGUGAGGUGAGUUCUCGUAAGCGUUUUUCUACCUUUUAAGUUUGUUCCGCCUAAGACUAAGUUUUAUCGAGAUCGAGAUCGAAAUCGAGGUCGGGUAUUCGAGAUCGAGAGAGAGAUGACCAAUUAGAUAACUCCACUACUACUCUACUACUACCAAUCUACUACUACCAAUCAGCCACAAAACAGCCCAACCAACCAGAACAUCGACAUUAAUCCGCUUCUAACCACCUCGCCACCACGUCGUCGUGUGCCGCCAGCCGGGGACUGAUCCGGGUUACGGGUCCUCCUGAUCCUGUUUGUGAUUCUGAUUCUGGCUCCGGUCCUGUCCUGGUUGCAUUUACAUUAAGUACCAAUGAUUUUGUGUUUUGUCUUAGCUCAGAUUUAGACCUACAGUCCGUCCUGUACCAUCCGUGUUGUGAUAAAUGGGGGGUACUAAAAACUCACUUAGUCCGUUGUCAAUCGCUCGAUCACCCGAUCACUAUCCGCAACUAGUAAUAUUUAACUUUUGACCUAAGGGUUGAGCUCUCUGCGAGCUUAGUGUCGUAAAAAAAUCAUUAACCAAAAGGGUAGACAACAGCUUUAUAUAUGUAGAUAGGUAGGGCGGUGGAGAACCUAACCAACUUAAACAUAUUGUUGCUCUUAUUAUCGUUUCAGCGUCUUGUUUUCUUUUUUUUAUUUUUCUCUUUUUAUCACUGAGCAAUGUAUAAUGUGUGUGACCCUUCUUCAAGUCAGUUACCACGCCCCCAACUCAUGGAAAUCGAAUACGAAUACGAAAACCGCACCUAAGCCUUGACAAAUAAAUGACAAAAACUCAAGCCCCUCUGCAUAAACGAUAGACUCACAUAGACUCUCAUCCAACGCAAAAGCAAAACGAAAAGCGAAAACAUUAACCUUAAGUAUUAUCCAAUAAUCAUAAUAAUCGCAACAAUACUAUCGAUUGCCUAUCGAUAGACGCGAUCGUGUGCCACCGGCGGCAGCCUCUAUAUGAUUAACAAUUUGUUUUCUUAUUUUUUCUUUUUUGUCUUCAUCUUUCUUGCAGGCAGCAGGCAGUUUUUGUCUUUAUUUAAGCGGUUUCAAACGCUUCAAACUCUUGACCAAUUUGUCCCACUUUUGCCUUCGGAAAUGACAGAACAAACCAAACCAAAAAAAAAAAAAGAAAAUCAAACAAGUCAAAUGAAAAAAAGUCGAAUCCCAAACAAAUUGCAUAGCUGAUGAUCAACUGAACUGAACUACUCCCUCCCCACUAUGAGAUGCACUAAUCCCUCUUCCCAAUUCUAGGCAAGUCCACGGAUUCGAAAAUUCCCUACCUUUCGCAGCCCCUGUACGACCUCAAGCAGACGGGCGAUGUUAAGUUCGGUCCGGGCACUCGGUCGGCCCUCCUCGGUCUCCUGGGCGGCGCCCUGCCCAAGCUCUCCUCGGAGCAGCACGACCUGGUCAGCAAGGCCAAGAAGUACGCCAUGGAGCAGAGCAUCAAGAUGGUGCUCAUGAAGCAGACUCUGGCCCACCAGCAGCAGCAACUCGCCACUCAGCGCACUCAGGUUCAGAGACAACAGGCACUGGCCCUUAUGUGCAGAGUCUACGUAGGCAGCAUUUCGUUUGAGCUUAAAGAGGACACCAUCCGCGUGGCUUUCACACCCUUUGGUCCCAUCAAAUCAAUCAACAUGUCCUGGGAUCCCAUCACGCAGAAGCACAAGGGAUUCGCCUUUGUGGAGUACGAGAUACCCGAGGGCGCCCAGUUGGCGCUGGAACAGAUGAACGGAGCGUUGAUGGGCGGCCGAAACAUUAAGGUGGGCCGACCCAGCAAUAUGCCACAAGCGCAGCAGGUUAUCGACGAGGUGCAGGAGGAGGCGAAGAGCUUCAACCGCAUCUAUGUGGCUUCCAUUCAUCCCGAUCUGUCCGAGGAGGACAUUAAGAGCGUCUUCGAGGCCUUCGGACCGAUCCUCUACUGCAAGCUGGCCCAGGGCACCUCCCUGCACACGCACAAGGGCUACGGCUUCAUCGAGUAUGCCAAUAAACAGGCCAUGGAUGAGGCUAUAGCCAGCAUGAAUCUCUUCGAUCUGGGUGGACAACUGCUGAGAGUGGGUCGUUCCAUAACGCCACCUAAUGCCCUGGCCUGUCCCACAACAAACUCCACGAUGCCCACGGCUGCGGCAGUGGCAGCAGCGGCGGCAACGGCCAAGAUCCAGGCUCUGGAUGCGGUGGCCAGCAAUGCCGUUUUGGGCUUAUCGCAAAACACACCCGUCAUGGCAGCCGGAGCGGUUGUGACCAAAGUGGGCGCCAUGCCGGUGGUUUCGGCGGCCACAUCGGCGGCUGCUCUACAUCCUGCCCUGGCUCAAGCGGCUCCUGCUCUUCUUCCGCCCGGAAUAUUCCAGGCACCCUCUCCCGUGGCCCCCAGUUUGCUGGGUGUUCCGGCUGGCCUGCAGCCUUUGCAGGCAGUGGUUUCCACUCUUCCACCGCCCGCCCUGCUGGCCACGCCAACUCUGCCCAUGACUGUCGGCGGUGGUGUUGGUGGUGUGGGCAUAGUGCCCGCGGCGGUUGCCGCUUUGACUGGUGUGGAGGCUAGCAAUGGAGCAGCAGCUGCUGCAGCACUGUCGGCAGCUGCGAAUAAUGCCGCCGUAACGGCCGCAAGUCUUUCGGAGAACAUCAAGAAGGCGCACGAGAAGCAGCAGGAGGAGCUGCAGAAGAAGCUGAUGGACGAGGGCGAUGUGCAGACGCUGCAGCAGCAGGAGAACAUGUCCAUCAAGGGUCAGAGUGCCCGGCAGCUGGUAAUGCAGCGGCUUAUGCGGCCGGUGGACUCACGGGUGAUCAUCCUGCGCAAUAUGGUUGGACCCGAGGAUGUGGACGAAACGCUGCAGGAGGAGAUCCAGGAGGAGUGCAGUAAAUUCGGCACCGUCAGCCGGGUAAUCAUCUUCAAUGAGAAGCAAACGGAGAACGAGGACGAUGACGAGGCGGAGAUCAUUGUUAAGAUCUUUGUGGAGUUUUCGGCAGGAGCGGAGGCGAUGCGCGGAAAAGAAGCACUCGACGGACGAUUCUUUGGCGGCCGGAGAGUGGUGGCCGAGCUCUACGAUCAGGGUAUUUUCGAUCAGGGAGAUCUUUCCGGUUAGAAUGCAAAAGGAGGAGAUUUGAACCAAGAAUCCUCCGUCCCCGCGAACUUUGUUCUGUCAUUUUUUACGUAGCACCUAAAACGAGAACGGUGCAAGUUUAUUUAUUAACGCCAGUCGUGGAAACGAUCGACCAUUGUUGAGCGGCGCGGCAGCCAGAUUACAAUUAUGAUUAUGAUGAUGAUGAGAUGAUUCUGCAACGCAGUGAUUUAGAUUUAAAUAGAGAUUCCCGUAGCGAGGAGAGCGAUUUUCAGUGUUUUUGUAUUAUUGCUUGCCCUCGGAACACAGAAAACCACAACUGGAAACCCCAAACAAGCACACAACGGCAAACUAACAAUGUGUACAUUUUACAUUUGAUUAAUUUCAGCGCUUAACUUACAAAAUAAAUAAUAGUUUCCCAUUUAAA